UUACACAGGGGUUUUUCAGACCAGUUUGGGUUUCUCUUUCAUAAACUUGGUAAUUUAUGUUGGUCUGGACUAUUGAUAAAACUUGCUAAUAUGAUUAAUGUCUUUACAUUCUUUACGUAGGAGAUUUCUAAAGUUAAGUGUGUCCACAACCGGUGCAUUAUUCAAUGUCCAGACCUCAUAAAAUAGAAUUCCCACAGCAUGCUAGGCAAGCACUCCCAAUGAGAACUUAUAAAUCCUACAGUAAACUAAUUUAAAUAUAUAUGCUGACCUAUUACUACUUUGUAUCGUGCAUAUUCUACCACAACAUAGGUUUCGACAUUAUAGGUGUAAUAUUUUUACUCUACAAGUUGAAUUAUCUCUGUUUCUUAUUGCAAGAAUUUAUAUUUUCCAAUCAUAUUUGUGUAGCACUUUCUUUUUUAAACCUUACUUGUAGGAUUGUACUUGCCAUGUUUGUGGUAAUUAAUAUUACUUAAAAAUAUAGUUCCAUCGGGACUACUCACAUUCAAAAUACAGAAGAAUUAACUCUAGUGUACAGCGAAAGUUAUUCCCAGUUCUUACAGUGAAGCAUUUACUUCUUUGAAUUCUGGGAGGUUUUGGCUUCUGUUUUGUAUUCUAAAACUACAAAUAUAUAUGCAACGUGCCUUUCUGUUUAGGAAAAUAGUGACCCUUCAAACCUUCUCUUCUGCAUUGUUGCACUUCUUCUCUUGCAAGGCAGGCAUCAUCUUUUGUUCAUUCAGCAUGUCAAGUAUCUGCAUCUUACUUCAUCACUCAGAUUAAGAUCAAGACUUAUCAGCUAAGUUGUUCAUUGUGCACAUCCAUGGUGCACAAAGGCAGAUCAGAAAACUUGUGCUGUUUUUAAAAUUUCAAGUAUUUGUUUAGUUACCUCUGACUAUCCACCUUCAAAGCUGGCUCAAUUCUAAUAUAUGCCAUGAGAUUAUUUUGGAAUAUUUUGCUCUUGUUUUUAGUGUAAGUAGAGUAAAUGUGCUCAACUCAUGGGCAGCUCUCAGGAGACUUAACCUUAGAGCACUACCACAGGCACACCAAAUUCUGCUUCUAUUUAAAGAAUAGUCCAUUUGGAGAAUAUUUAUGAUUAUUGUAGAGUUUUAGUGACAGUAAUCGUAAUGGUUGUAUUGAUUUUCAAAGUUUUGUUUCAUCCUACAUGGAUAUAUCAAUUUAAAGCCUUCCUAGCAAAUUAACUAAUAAAAAUUAAGAUUAAUUCAUUUUUGGACACCACAGAAGUUCACAGGAGAACCCCCUUACCACGGCAUCUGUAUUCAUGAGCUAUCAUUAUUUUUUAUUAGGAAAUCAGUUUGAGAGAUACAAACUCAGGUUUUUCUUUGCUGGCUAUGGGAUAUAUUUCUUGUUUGUAAAAUUCACAGAGAUUCUGUAGUUCCAUUUUAACAAUGUCUUUAAUGUUAUUUAUAGAGAUAGUCUUUUGUUAACUAAAAUGAGAAUAAAGUUAAUAGUUUCAUAGAAAACUCCAUCAUUCCCCUUUUCUCUUUUUCUUGUCUGUGCAUUUUCAGUAACUCGGCAUCUGUAGCUAAUGAUAUAUUCUUAUUCCAAGCACCAAGAAGCAAUUAAAAUAUUACACAAUUAUAUCUAUCAUAUCCCCAAACAUCCAGAUUUUUAAGAGCUUAAGUAAAAAGCCAUAGGUUAUGCUUUACUUAAUUUUAGAAAUUCAAACUAUUCAGUUAGAACUACGUUUAUGUAAACAUUAUAGCUAUUAGAAGCUUCCGGUGUGAUGUAACUUUGGUAGGUACUCUACAGAAUACAAGGAUAGGAAUCUAGAGAAAAACAACAGAUGUCAUUGAAAUAAGCUGCAAUUUAGUGAUAAGGCCACUAGAGGAAUUCCAAUCAAUAUACACCUCAUUGAAAGCAGUUAUUAAAAAAUGAAUUUUUGGAGAAUUAACUUAUGAGGUUAACUUUGAGAGUACCAUUGUCAUGGAUAAAAAUGAAGUAAAAGAGAACUUUAAUAGAAGCGUUUUAGGAUGAGAGGGGGUAUUUCUGUAAAACAUAAUUCACAGUGAAAAGACGUCAGAGGCAACAUGAAGACGGCCUGAUGUGAGACUGAGGACUCAUACUUGUCAAAUAGAAAUCAAAUGUGUUAGAGGCCUCAGCACACUCCACUAGAAGUUAUAGUCAUAAGUACAACAAUCAUGGUAUAUAAAAUGGGAAGGGACUAGGAAAACUUUAAAUACUGUAUGCAAGAGAGAACCAGUUAUAAAAUUAAGUUGGGGACUAUGCCUAAGUAAAUUUGGAGAAUGGCCAAAAUAUAGAAAUCAUGAUGUUCAAAUAUUAAGAUUUGGUGGUAAGUAUUGAUAUUUAUUUUGGACUUUUGAGACAGGGUUUCUCUGUAUGGUCCUAACACUCCUGGGAUUCACUACACAGAGCAGGCUGGCCUUGAAUUCACAAUAAUCCUCCUGCCUCUGCCUCCCUGGUGCUAGAAAGGAAGGCAUGCACCACCACCUCCACCUUUGUAAUUAUAGGUUUAAACAUUCUUCAAACUUGUCUAAAGACAUUGACAUAGAGAAGACUCUCAUUAAAGAAAGAGCAAAAAGUAUGAAGAAGAUAAAGCCAUAAUUUUGGAGUUAUGCUCAUAUUUUGGAGCAGAAGAAAGAUCCAUAUCCAGCCAAGACCAGAAGUUGAAAUAUUAUUUGGAUUUACCAUGGCUGAGAAAUCUAUAAAGGAAAAUGUUGUGAGAGGCUCAUUUGAUACAUCACACAUAUAUUGAUUGUUGGAAAAAUAUGGGUUUUCAUUUUCCAAGAAUUUGUAAGCAAAACAGUUUAAAAUGUUUUUAUGUUCACUGGGAACAUCAAGAGGAUGUUUUCAAAUGUAAUAAGGAUUCACAAGAACACAUAUAAACUUAAGAAAAAUUAGAAUUAUACGUUCAUAUAGAAUAAUACAUUUCAAUGACCGCUGCCAAUGAACAAAUUACUUCCACAGACAAGUGUGGAGGGAAGUUUAUACUUGUGAUAUGCAUGUCAUUUCCAGGUCAUAACACAUAUUACAGAGAAUUAUUAGCAUACUAUUGAUAGACCAGUAUUUAAAAUAUUGGAAAGAGACAUUUUCACUAAUGAAAAGAUCUCUCACUGAAACGGAAUCUCUGUAAAGGAGAGAGAAGAUAAACAUGCAUGCACCUGCAACACUAAGAAUCUACUAUUAAAGAAUAAAAAAUGAAAAGAAAAUAUUCAUAUUAUGAAAGAACCCAAUUAUUGCCCAGGUUGUUAAAUCUUUGGACUCAUUACCUAUUGGAGCCACAUGAUGUCGCUGUCUAUCAAGGUCUGCCUCGCUCAGAUCCCAAGACUCUCUCACAGCCGUAUGUUUCUUAAAAUCCGCUGAACAAUGGCAGUUGCCGCUCAACUGGAUUAAAGGAUUCGAGAUGCCCAACAGUUGAUCUUUAUAUCAAGACCAGAUUUCUCAAAGGAACAAAAGGAGUCCUUGACAUGGUGUUUGCUCGGCGAGGAGGUCCGGAUUCCCGGCGUCUGCUGCUCUUGCUUCUGCUGUUCUCAAUCUGGGAAGCUGGGAGCGGCCAGCUCCACUACUCCAUCCCUGAGGAGGCCAAACACGGCACCUUCGUGGGACGCAUCGCGCAGGACCUGGGACUGGAGCUGGCGGAGCUGGUGCCCCGCCUGUUCAGGGUGGCGUCCAAAGACCGCGGGGACCUUCUGGAGGUAAAUCUGCAGAAUGGUAUUUUGUUUGUGAAUUCUCGAAUCGACCGGGAGGAGCUGUGCGGGAGGAGCGCGGAGUGUAGCGUCCACCUGGAGGUGAUCGUGGACAGGCCGCUGCAGGUUUUCCACGUGGAGGUGGAGGUGAGGGACAUUAACGAUAAUCCGCCUGUAUUCCCCGUGAAAGAACAAAAACUGCAUAUUUCAGAAUCCAGAAUGCUAGACUCUAGGUUUCUGCUAGAGGGCGCAUUCGAUGCAGACAUUGGAGUCAAUUCAGCUGUAACUUAUAGGCUUGACUCUAAUGAUUACUUCACACUAAUUGUGAGUUCAAAGAACGAAGAAAGUAAACAGGUUGAGUUAGCUUUAAGAAAGUUGUUGGACAGAGAGGAUGCUCCUGAGCAUAAGCUACUGCUGACAGCCACGGAUGGAGGCAAGCCUGAGCUCACAGGCUCGGUUCAGCUGCUGGUCACUGUGCUGGAUGUGAAUGACAACGCCCCUACUUUCCAACACCCUGAGUAUGAAGUGAGAAUCUUGGAAAACUCAGACAACGGAACAACAGUUAUUAGACUGAAUGCUUCUGACAGGGAUGAAGGGACGAAUUCAGCAAUUUCUUACUCUUUUAAUAGGCUGGUGUCGCCCAGGAUUCUUGACCAGUUUAGCAUAGAUGCAGACACAGGAGAAAUCGUAAUUCAAGGGAAUUUGGACUUUGAGCAAGUAGAUGUCUACAAAAUCCGCGUUGACGCGACGGACAAAGGACACCCUCCGAUGGCAGGCCAUUGCACUGUUUUAGUGAGGGUAUUGGAUGAAAACGACAAUGUGCCUCAGAUCACCUUGACUUCCUUAUCCCUGCCUGUUCGAGAGGACGCUGCACUGGGUACUGUCAUUGCCCUAAUUAGCGUUUCUGAUCUGGACUCUGGAGCCAAUGGGCGGGUGACCUGCUCCUUGACUCCGCAUGUCCCCUUCAAGCUGGUGUCCACCUUCAAGAAUUACUAUUCGCUUGUGCUGGACAGCGCUCUGGACCGAGAGACCACAGCUGACUAUCAGGUGGUGGUGACAGCUCAGGACGGGGGUUUGCCUUCUCUGUGGGCCACGGCCAGCGUGUCUGUGGAGGUGGCUGACGUGAACGACAAUGCUCCUGCGUUCGCGCAGCCGGAAUACACGGUGUUCGUGAAUGAGAACAACCCGCCUGGAGCGCAUAUCUUCACGGUGUCGGCAAUGGAUGAGGAUGCACAGGAGAAUGCGCUGGUGUCUUACUCUCUAGUGGAGCGUAGGGUGGGCGAGCGCUUGCUGUCAAGCUAUGUGUCUGUGCACGCGGAGAGCGGCAAGGUGUUCGCACUGCAGCCUCUGGACCAUGAGGAGCUGGAGCUGCUGCAGUUCCAGGUGAGCGCGCGGGAUGCUGGUGUGCCUGCCCUGGGCAGCAAUGUGACUCUGCAGGUGUUUGUGCUGGAUGAGAACGACAAUGCUCCAUCCAUUCUUUUGGCUGGUACUGAAGGCUUGGGUAGUGUGGCAACUGAUCUGAUACACAGGUCUGUGAGCGUGGGUCAGGUGGUCGCAAAAGUGCGGGCGGUGGACUCAGAUUCUGGCUACAACGCAUGGUUGUCCUAUGAACUGCAACCCUCAGUGGGCCCUCGUAGCCCGUUUCGUGUUGGGCUGUACACGGGUGAGAUCAGUACAACACGUGCUCUUGAUGAGUCUGACGCACCUAGGCAGCGUCUGUUGGUAUUGGUAAAAGACCAUGGUGAGCCAACUCUGACUUCCACAGCUACCAUCCUUGUGUCCCUGGUUGAGAGUAGCCAGGCACCAAAAGCCUCUUCUCAGGCUUCUAGUCGUGCUUCAGUCCCAGAGGCCUCGCUGGUGGAUAUCAACGUGUAUCUGAUCAUUGCCAUUUGCGCAGUGUCCAGCCUGUUGGUGCUCACGCUGCUGCUGUACACAGCGUUGCGCUGCUCGACGACGCCCACCGAUGGAGUCUGUGCUCCGGGGAAGCCCAUGCUGGUGUGCUCCAGCGCCGUGGGAAGCUGGUCGUACUCACAGCAGAGGCGGCAAAGGGUGUGCUCUGGAGAGGGCCCACCUAAGACCGACCUCAUGGCUUUUAGUCCCAGUCUUCCACCGCGUCCAGUAUCAGAGGUCAUUGGGGAAGGGCAAGAUUUAAAUGACCAUCAUGGCUUUCAAGUAAGUCCUUUUAUAUUUAGAAACAUUUAAUUCGUAGAAAUUUUGUGACUCCUUUCAUGGUAUUGCACAUUUGCACAUGUUAUUGUCAAAAUUCAAUAUUAUUCUAGCCACAAUUUUUACUUGAUUUAUUAUUUUUGUGUUGUCGUACAUUUAUUUAUUUAUUUAUCUAUCUAUCUAUCUAUCUUCUAUCUUCUAUCUAUCUAUCUAUUUAACAUCUGAGAUACUACAUCUUCAUGUUGGCUUGAUACUCUUGAGUUCAAGUGACAUAUCACAUGCUGGUUAUUCGUACACCGCAAUCUUUGUUGUUCCAAGGCGUCACAAGCAAUUUCGUAUUGUGUGGAGUACUGCUUUUAGCCUUUGUGUGAGUUCAGUCUUCUAGAUCAGAAUUUGGUGACAUCUGUGGGAAUGCAUUCCUCCGAGCUUUUACAUUUCACAAUUAUUCUCUGAGCUUUUGAUGUAUUUUGUAGUAUUAUCGGGAAGGCAUAUCUUCCAUUUAUGCUACAACAGUCAAUUUCACGAGUUUGGUUUAUCAUCUUAUUUGUUCAUUUUAGAUCUCUUAGUUUCAAGAUGUUGUAACAUUUAUUACUGUUUUAAACCUUUUAGUCAUAAGAUGCAGAAUGAUUUCCUU